GACCGCUUCGUUUGGCGUCGUCAGAGGCUCGAGAGACUCAGCUCGGUUGUUCAGUCCGAGUCCAGCGACCAGGAGGAGGGAGAGGCAGAGCUAAUGUGGGCAGCCGCUGUCAACUAAACACGUUAACGAUUGUUCUAGUAGCAGAGUGAGCCAUCGGCCACAUCAUGUCCCAGGAUAAGAGUGGAUAUCCUAUUAUGGGUGAGAGCAACCCGCUUCACAACAACGUCUAUGGACCCCCUCAGCCGGGUUUCGGCAUGCCCCCUCCCAACUACAGCCAAGCCCCCGGGGAGCCGUACCCCCCGGCAACCGGAUACGGACAGCCAGGCUACCCCCAGGCAGGACCGGGCUUCGCCCCUGGUCCCUACCCUCAGAUGCCUUAUGCUCAGAUGCCCUACCCACAGGGACCCUACCCACAGGGACCCUACCCCCAGGGGCCUUAUCAGCAAGGACACCCGCAGCAAGGCUUUCCCGUUGACCCGAUGGCUCCUACCGGCAGUCCUGGUUACCAUGGCGAGGGGCCUCCAUCUUACUACGACAAUGAGGAGUUCAGUGACUCUGGCUUUGAGGACAAGACCAUCAGACAAGCGUUCAUCAGAAAAGUCUUCAUGGUUCUCACGGUGCAGCUGCUUGUCACUUUCUCGUUUGUUGCUGUCUUCACCUUCGUCGAUGAGGCCAAGUACUUUGUGCGGCGCAACCCGUGGACAUACUAUGUGUCCUAUGCAGUCUUCUUCGUGUCUCUGAUCGUCCUCAGCUGUUGUGGAGACUUCCGCCGCAAACAUCCCUGGAACUUGGUCGCACUGUCCAUUCUGACCCUGAGUCUCUCCUACAUGGUGGGCAUGAUUGCCAGCUUCUAUGACACAGAGACUGUCAUCAUGGCCGUGGGCAUCACUGCAGUCGUCUGCUUCACGGUCGUGCUCUUCUCGCUACAGAGCAAGUAUGACUUCACUUCCUGUCGGGGCGUGCUGUUCGUUUGCCUGAUCGUGCUGUUGCUCUUCGCCUUUCUCUGCAUCUUCAUCCGCCACAGGAUCCUACACAUCGUUUAUGCCUCACUGGGGGCCCUGCUCUUCACUUGCUUUUUGGCUGUGGACACUCAGCUCCUCCUCGGCAACAAGAAGCUGGCUCUGAGUCCAGAGGAGUACAUUUUUGCUGCCCUCAACCUCUACACUGACAUCGUCAACAUUUUCCUCUACAUCCUGGCUAUUGUGGGACGCUCCCGCGAAUGAGGAUGCCCCUUGAAAAGAAUACGUGGGAAAAUUCCUCCCUUUUAUUGUGAAAUGUUGCUAACACGCUCUCUAACUCCUUCAGCCUUUUCCCAUCUUUAUUUCCUCUCCUAUUGCACAUACUUUUUUUCAACAGUCAGUUAUGCUGUGAAACAGGUGCAGCCUGUCUUAAAAUCCUACUGAGAGGGAAACUACUUAUUUAACGGUCUUUCAUUUUCCUCAAUCCGACCAAUGCGCUCGCUGUAACUGUGCUUCUACUAACACAGAUGUCAACAUUAUGGCUACAGUACCUCAUUCAUACGUUACAAAAUCUGUUAUCCUGUGAAUGCACGGCACUCAGCUUCGCCUUACUGCAAAAAUUAAACAGAAAAUGAGUGGGGGAGGUAUGUAAAAGCGCCCAUUAUGGAUGCAGACCAGCUUUCCUUGAAAAGAGCUUAGUGCUAGAAAUGCCCUCCUCUUUCAGGCUAGAGCUCUCGGAGGAAUCCCUCUGUCUCGCCUGUUGCAGCUGUAAAUAGUUGAGUGUAUAACUGUGUAUAAUACUUCGCCCCUCCAUACCCCGGAUGUUUUGCUUUGGGCUAAAAUCUUGCCUCGUACACCAACUAAAAUCCUUUUAAGGCAAAAUAAUGAAAAUACAUAUUGGAUGUGAAAAACAUGAACAUACUUUUUUAUUUAUAAAAGAUAUAUUCUUACGGAAUGUCAUUGUGUUUUGAAAUGAUUUAUAUUGUUCUAAACUGAGAUGUCCGCUUCUUAUUUACUGUCCUUCAUUCAUUUAUUCUCAUAUGUUCAUUAACGUGAAGUGAACAUUUUGUGCUGUAUGUGUUUUUUUUUAUUAUUACUUCAACUUUUGUUCACAUUAGUUGUAUUGGAAUUACUGCACACUUCCUCAACCAAGCUUAUCCAACUUUCAGGACUUCAGAGUUCUACCGCUAUUAUAAAGCAGCCGGACGACAAACUUAUAUUUAUUGAGCUUGAUUUAGAUAACAGGGUUGCUUUGAGGUUGCUUUUAAGAUGAUAUUAAGGAAGACACCUGCUAAUGCUGUUGUUUGGAAAUUUACAAAGACUUUUUCACUUAAAGUGAUUGUGAAACCAUUUGUAUACUUAUUAUACUCAUAGGCUAAAGGAAUUGAUAUGCACUGGAAGCCACCAUUCUCACUGCAUGUAAAAACACACAAUUGAUUUUUCACCUCUUGCAUGACCCUCUCAUUUGCAUGUGCUGGUAAUGCACAAUAUGCAGGUAUUCCUGUUUCGGAGAGACACGCUGUUGUUUGGCAGCCCUGUUAACCUUUUUUCAACUCUUGUGUUUGUGUCUAACUGAUAUGUAGGUGUACAUAGAACUCCUUAGUGGAUUGAUGUGUAUAGGUAAAGUAAUUUGGGGACUUUGUAGGUCUGUUUGCAUAUAUUUGCAUUAAAUUGAAGUGGAGCCACAUUCCUCAACAUUG